AUGGCAUCAUCCUCCAAGAGUGAGUCUGGUAAGGUAUUCGGCGAUGCCACCCUAACGGAGGAAAAUGUGACCCCAAAAUACAAAGACAUCGAUGUUCCAGUGUCCGAACGGGUGGCCGAUCUUUUGUCACGCAUGACGUUGGAGGAGAAGGCCGGACAAAUGUUCCACGACAAGGUGUUGAUGUUCAACGAUGCAAACGCCCAGGGGACCAAGAGGGUGAUGCCAACGGCGGAAAGCAACAUCAAGGACUUGAACAUGAGCCAUUUUAACCUUCUCGGACCCGUGACGGACGCCCGCGAGACGGCGAAAUGGUAUAACGAUCUCCAAUCUUUUGCUUUAACCAAGACGAGACUGGGGAUUCCAAUAACCAUGUCCACGGAUCCAAGAAACCACUUUGCCGAAAAUAUCGGAACCAGCUUCAACGCCGGUACACUGUCCCAGUGGACCGAGAUGUUGGGACUUGCGGCUCUGCGCGAUGAGAGACUGGUGGAAAAGUUUGGGGAUAUAGCUCGCCGAGAGUAUGUGGCUUUGGGGAUUCGUUGCGCCUUGUCACCACAAAUCGACCUGGCCACGGAAUACCGCUGGGCUCGCAUCAAUGGUGGGUUUGGAGAAGACGCCGACCUUUCCGGUAAACUGGUCCAGGCACUACUGCGAGGGUUUCAAAAUAGUGCCGACGGGAGGAUCGGCCGUGACAGCGUGAGCUGUGUCACGAAACAUUUCCCCGGGGCAGGACCACAAAAGGACGGAGAGGACGCUCACUUUGUCUACGGCAAAGAACAAAUCUACCCGGCCGACCAAUUCGAGUACCACCUCCGUCCGUUCCGCAAGGCGAUCGAGGCCGGCACUCGCCAGAUCAUGCCCUACUACAGCAAACCCGUGGGUCUGACGGGUGAUGACUUCGGAGAGGAAGAGGUGGGUUUCGGAUUCAACAAGGGCAUCGUAACAAACCUCUUGCGGGAGGGGUUGGGGUACGAAGGCAUCGUCCUGACAGACUGGGGUUUGAUCACCGACGCGGUCAUCCUGGGUCAGGACAUGCCGGCACGGGCCUGGGGAUGUGAGGAGCUCGGCGAACUAGAGAGGGUGGUCAAGAUCCUCGAUGCGGGAUGCGACCAGUUUGGCGGCGAGUCGCGACCGGAGCUGGUGGUCGAGGCGGUCCAGAAGGGUCUCGUGGACGAGUCCCGCGUCGACCGAUCCGUGGCAAAACUGUUGGCUGAGAAGUUUGAACUGGGCCUGUUUGACAACCCUUUUGUCGACGUCGACGCGGCGGCGCAGAUCGUCGGCCAUCCAGAUUUCGUGCGCGAGGCCGACGCCUCCCAGCGCCGGAGCUACACGCUUCUCGUCAACGGUUGCCACGAGAGAGACGACGGUGCAUACGUCCUACCGCUACGGUUGCCCGACUUGGCCGGAAAGAAGAUUUACUUGGAGAAUGUCGACCCGGGAUCGUUCAAGGCAAGAUGUUGUCAGUCGGCGGCUGUCCAGGUCGUCUCGACCCCGGCUGAGGCUGACAUCGCCCUGAUGCGUCUGAUGUGUCCGUACGAGCCGAGGCCAGGAGGUUUCGAAGCCAGGUUCCACGCCGGAUCGCUGGAAUUCAACACGGGAGAAAAAUCACGGCAGCGCGAGAUAUACAACCAAGUACCUGUCAGCAUCGUCGACGUCCAUCUCGACCGUCCGGCCGUCCUAAGCGAUAUCGCAACCCAAGCUUCGGCGCUCUUGGUCAGCUACGGAAGCAACACGGCGGCGUUCUUGGAUGUCGUCUUUGGCCUGGACGGGUCUGGUCCCGAAGGGCGUCUGCCGUUCGAUCUGCCGAGUUCCAUGGCCGCCGUGGUUGAAAGUCCAUCCGACGCACCGUACAGCACGAGGGAUCCCCUAUUUCGAUUCGGCCAUGGCUUACGCUAUCGAGGGUGA